AUGGUUCGCAACAUCGUCGUUAUCGGGGGCAACUCCCACCCCCAGUUGACUCAGACCAUCUGUGGUGUGCUUGGCAUUCCCCCGGCGGACGUCCUGCUCUCCAAGUUUGCUGUCGGUGAGACCCGAGUCGAGAUCCAAGAGUCUGUCCGUGAAAAGGACGUCUAUAUCAUUCAGUCCGGUGGCGGCAAGGUCAACGACCACCUGCUUGAGCUUCUGAUCACCAUCUCCGCCUGCAAAACGGCCUCGGCCCGCCGAGUCACCGCCGUUCUUCCUCUCUUCCCUUACUCUCGCCAGAGUGAUAUCCCUUACGACAAGGCCGGAGCUCCCCUCGUCAAGUCUUCCGUGCGGGAUCGUCCCAGCAAUGGUUACACUUUCGAGAGCACUCCCCCCACACCCGGCCCUGGAAUGAAGACUGAGGGUCUGGGCCUCAUGAACGGCAUGGAAAACUUGCAAAAGAGCCUUGCCAAGGCCCAAAUUGAAGAGAGCAAUGGCAGUCCGGUAAAACGGCGCCCUGCGAACGGGCUUCCGCGGAGUGACACUGCUGACUCUCUCAAGUCUUUGACCAACGGCGUGCACGAAGAUUCCUCCAGCAACGUUUCCAACUCGUCCAAGAUUAACUCUUUCCAGCCGCGACCGGGCUACAAGCAGUGGGUUGCGCAGGCAGGCACCCUGGUGGCAGACCUGCUCACCUGCGCUGGCGCGGAUCACAUCAUCACCAUGGAUCUGCACGACCCGCAAUACCAGGGUUACUUCGAUAUCCCCGUGGACAACCUUUACGGACGUCCUCUGCUGAAGAGCUAUAUUCAGCGGAACAUUCCCGACUACAAGCAGGCUGUCGUAGUCAGCCCUGAUGCCGGUGGUGCCAAGCGCGCCACGGCCAUUGCCGACUCCAUGGGCAUGGAGUUUGCUCUUAUUCACAAGGAGCGCCGCCCCACGAAAAUUACUGACCGCCAGAAUGCCACUAUGAUGCUGGUCGGUGAUGUCCGCGACCGGACCGCAAUUCUUAUUGACGAUCUGGCGGAUACCUCCAACACCAUUACCCGGGCGGCCAAGCUCCUCAAGAAGGAGGGUGCCUCCAAGGUGUACGCUCUCGUCACCCACGGCAUCCUGAGCGGCGAUGCCAUUGAGCGCAUCAAUGCCAGCGCCCUUGAUAAGGUCGUGGUGACCAACAGUGUGGACCAGAGUGAGCACCUGCGCCGCUGCCCCAAGCUCGAGGUCUUGGAGGUCGGCCACGUUUUCGCUGAGGCCAUCCGCCGUGUCCACCACGGUGAAAGUAUCAGCGUUCUGUUCCAGUACGAUUGA